AGGCAAAGGCUGCAAGGAUGAGUAGUGAACAGAGUUGAGUUAAAAGGUCCUGAGCUAGCUGAAAGGGAGAAGCUCCAGUGGUGAGAGUAGUGAUCAUUAUGGCGAAGAUCGCGUUGGGCACCGCCCGAGAGGCCACAGACACCGACUGCCUCAAGGCCCUCGUCGCCGAGUUUAUCUGCACCUUCCUCUUCGUCUUCGCCGGAGUGGGAGCUGCUAUGACCUCUGAUAAGAUGCUUGGGGGUUCUCUGGUGGGCCUAUUUGCCGUGGCUGUGGCACAUGCAUUGGUCGUGGCUGUGAUGAUCUCCGCCGGUCUACGCACUUCCGGUGGUCACCUUAACCCUGCCGUGACGAUCGGUCUUGCAGCAGGGGGCCAUAUAACUAUCUUCCGGUCUAUUCUGUACUGGAUUGAUCAAUUGUUGGCGUCUUCACUGGCUUGUAUUCUCCUCAAGUAUCUCACUGGAGGGUUGGAGACUCCGGCGCACACACUCGGAAGUGGGGUGAGCCCCUUACAAGGACUCGUAAUGGAGAUUAUUCUUACCUUUUCGUUGUUGUUCACCGUCUAUGCCACUAUAGUGGACCCAAAGAAAGGCUCUCUUGAUGGAUUGGGCCCACUACUUACUGGGCUUGUGGUUGGUGCCAACAUCUUGGCUGGUGGGCUCUUCUCUGGGGCUUCGAUGAACCCAGCGAGGUCCUUUGGACCUGCCUUGGUAAGCGGAAUUUGGACUGAUCAUUGGGUCUACUGGGUGGGCCCCCUUUUGGGUGGAGCCCUGGCCGGCUUCCUCUACGAGAAUUUCUUCAUAGUCAGAUCUCAUGUUCCUCUCCCUAGCGAAGAUGAAAAUUUCUAAGCACUCUUUCUUUCUUUUUCUCUCUCUCUCUCUUCCAUUCUAUCUGAUCAUGUUAUUUCUGUAUCCCACCCACCUAUGUUGGUAUAGUGUGUUUUCUUUGAUCUGAUGUAUGCGGUUAAACUUUUGUAAGUUUAGGAAGGUUAGUUGUCUGGUUUUAUUGGUUUUCCUUGUUGGUUCCAUUCUUGAUCAUGUAAGUGAGCUGCAUGGGAAGGAAGAGAACCGGUCAGCUCCGAUUAAUAAGUUUGUUUAGAACAGUCAGCCAAACUUUAAGACGAAGGCUAAUUCGGUCCACAAAUCUUAAGACAUGUUGGCAGAAAUAGUUUUUGUACAAACGUGUGGAAGUUGUACUGUUGAGAAAUGCACAAGCCAUCUGUUGUUUGUAGA